AUGUAUGAUUUGCCCCAGGUUCUGCAGACCAACACGGUCACAUUGUGUAUUGCAGCUGUGCUUCAAAUCAGUGCUCUUAUUUGCUUUACAAGCCGACGAUCGCCUCUUCGACUGUGGAUGGUGGUAACCUUUGGGGCUUCUGCGUGGCAAAUCGCCCAGUGGCACCAAACUGACCAUCAUUCUCUGGCUACGUUACUGGAAACCUACUUUUGGUUCGUGUUUCUGGUUCACUCCACCAACUUGCUGUUUGUUCUCAAGGUCGAUGCCACUGAUUUGGUCGGACCCGGUGUAGAGACAUCAGAAGCCUUCUCAUUUUGUACCCAGCUGCUAGUGGAUACUCGAGCCACUGGCAGCCGAUGGCAGCUUCGCAAUAUUUAUCCAUUCCCCACAUAUUUCAAAAAUCGCCCUCCCAAUCGAGAGGACUUCCUCUUGCGCCAAACAGCUAUUUUGACCUGGCAAUAUCUACUGCUAGACCUGAUUUUCAGCAGAUGUACUGGACCUGGGGCUGUAAUUGACGAUGAAUCGAGCUCGCACUGGGCUAAGGUCGUGUCGGUGAUAUUGAAUCCGGACGAUGAAAGCAUAUUUGUUCGAAUCUUGACAAGCAUGUUUUACUACUUCGUGCUAGUGCGAGUCUUGUUAGAUUCAGUAUAUCGAGCUGUGACUAUUCUGGUCGUUGGUCUGGAUUUAUGUCCAGCAAGUGCUUGCUAUCCUGUCUUCGGGAGUAUGUGGGAUGCCUAUACGCUUCGAAAUUUCUUUUCGUAA